AAGAGGCUGUGGCUGAUAAUGAAAUGCUUUCAUGGUGGUGUGUGCUCUCCCAGGCUUGGUACGUGGAUGCCUUUGCUAAAACAUUAGAGGAGAGCUUUGAGGAUGGGAGGCUGUCAGAGAUACGAUGUAACAGCAAUUGUAUCCUCGUCUUCAUUGCUGCACGGGAAAGAAGACAAAGAAGACCUAUCAGAGUUUCACGAGUCUAGAAAACAACUCAAGUGUGCAAGCUUAAUUCAGGAGAGACGCUUUAGGUGAUCCAGCAACAAGAACGCUCAGCAUCAUGGAGAAAUUCAAAGCAGCCAUGGUUCUGGGUGCUGUUGGUGAUGCUUUGGGCUAUAAAAAGGGUCGAUGGGAAAGCUGCACAUCAGGAAAGAAGAUCCAAGAGGAACUGGCCUCUCUAGGGGGACUGGGAGCCCUAACGCUGGACCCUGAAAACUGGCCACUGAGUGACGCAGUGCUCAUGCACAUGACCACAGCUGAAGCACUCGUGACAGAUUACUGGUGUCUAGAGGACCUGUAUAGGGAGCUGGUGCGUCUCUAUGUUGAAGCCAUAGUAUCCCUUCAAGGAAGAGCCCCCGAUCCUGCCACAGUGGAGGCCUGUGUGCACCUCAAACCACACAACUUCCUGCUUGCGUGGCAUACACCUUUCAAUGAAAAAGGAUCUGGGUUUGGGGCAGCAGCCAAAGCCAUGUGUGUGGGUAUGAGGUACUGGCAGCCUGACCGGCUAGAAAACCUGGUGGAGGUCAGCACUGAGACUGGCAGAAUGACCCAUAACCACCCAACAGGCUUCCUCGGCUCCCUGACAACAGCACUGUUUGCCUCCUAUGCAAUCCAGGGGAAGCCUCUUGUGACUUGGGGCCGUGAGCUCAUGGAGGUCAUUCCUCGCGCAGAGGAGUAUUGCAGGAAGACCAUAAGACACAUGGCAGAGUACCAGGAAAACUGGUUUUACUUUGAGGCUAAGUGGCAGUUUUAUCUUGAAGAGCGAGGGAUCGACCAAGAGGGACAAAACCAGCCGUUAUUCCCUGAUCACUAUGAUGCAGAGGAGACGGAUAAGAUGUACAAGCGUUGGAGCUCUGAGGGCCGUGCAGGCCGUAGAGGCCAUGAUGCUCCAAUGAUUGCUUAUGACGCCUUACUGGCUGCAGGGAGUGACUGGGCUGAACUGUGCAAACGGGCCAUGUUUCAUGGAGGUGAGGGUGAAGCCACAGGCCUGAUCGCGGGGUGUCUCUACGGCCUCAUGCACGGCCUAAGCCAGGUUCCCCCAAACCUAUAUCAGGAUGUGGACAAAAGGGAACGACUGGAAGAGCUGGGAGAAGCACUGUUUAAGGCAGCGUCUGCAGAAAAAUGCAUAGAGAAGUAAUCCUGGUCUUCACUGAGGCUGUCAGGGGAGCUGAAUAGGACCCAAAUCCUUUCCCUCGCUGUCCUUGAACAGUUUCAAGUGGCCUUCUGUCUUCUUCUCACCUCUCUCGCUUCGCUGUCUUAGAUUGUUUUUUUCAUCCACAAAUCUGUCAUGAAUUUAAAAAUCAUAUAAAAAUACCUGCCAGUGUAGCUGUGCAGUGAAGAAACAGAUCAUCUUUCAUCUGUAAUCCAUCUACACAGUAUGAAAAGUGUCCCAAACCUUUGUUUUCCUGACUUUUGAUUGACAGAACUGUGGAGAGGAAAAAAAAAACUGUUACCUUUAUAACAUUUGGUAACUUGAACAGUUGUAUUAAUAAAUAUUCUGAAGAUAA